CGCGGUCUCCCGAGCGCCUCGGUCCGAUGCUCGGCAGCCCCUCGGUACGCAGUGGCCCGCCGCGCCCUCCGCCUCGCCAGUACAGCCGAGCGCCGGCGCUUGAGUAGCUGCGCGGCCGGCGGUUUCUCCACAGCGCCGCUCCCGCGUCAGCGCCGAGCUUCAGGCCGCCGCCAUGGGCUGCUGGGGCCGCAACCGCGGCCGGCUGCUGUGCAUGCUGCUGCUGACCUUCAUGUUCAUGGUGCUGGAGGUGGUGGUGAGCCGGGUGACCGCGUCGCUCGCCAUGCUGUCCGACUCCUUCCACAUGCUGUCGGACGUGCUGGCGCUCGUGGUGGCGCUGGUGGCCGAGCGCUUCGCCCGGAGGACUCACGCCACGCAGAAGAACACAUUCGGCUGGAUCCGCGCUGAGGUGAUGGGCGCGCUGGUGAACGCCAUCUUCCUCACGGGGCUGUGCUUCGCCAUCCUGCUGGAAGCCGUCGAGCGCUUCAUCGAGCCGCAUGAGAUGCAGCAGCCGCUCGUGGUGCUUAGCGUCGGCGUGGCGGGGCUGCUAGUCAACGUGCUGGGGCUCUGCCUGUUCCACCACCACAGCGGCGAGGGCCAGGGCGCAGGCCACGGCCACUCGCACGGCCACGGCCACGGCCACCUCGCCAAGGGCGCGCGCAAGGCGGGCCGCGCGGGGGGCGAAGCGGGCGCGCCGCCGGGCCGGGCGCCGGACCAGGAGCCGGACCAGGAGGAGACCAACACGCUAGUGGCUAACACCAGCAAUUCCAACGGGCUGAAGGCGGACCAGGCAGAGCCAGAGAAGUUGAGAAGUGAUGAUCCAGUGGAUGUACAGGUAAAUGGGAAUCUCAUCCAGGAGUCAGACAGUCUGGAAUCAGAAGACAACAGGGCUGGACAGCUGAACAUGCGAGGAGUGUUUCUGCACGUCCUUGGAGAUGCCCUGGGCUCUGUGAUCGUUGUUGUGAAUGCCUUGGUCUUCUACUUUUCCUGGAAGGGUUGUACUGAAGACGACUUUUGUGUGAACCCGUGUUUUCCUGAUCCCUGCAAAUCGUCUGUAGAGCUGAUGAACAGCACCCAGGCCCCCAUGCACGAGGCUGGUCCGUGCUGGGUCCUCUACCUAGAUCCAACCCUGUGCAUUAUAAUGGUUUGUAUACUUCUUUACACGACGUACCCACUGCUCAAGGAGUCCGCUCUCAUUCUUCUACAGACUGUUCCUAAGCAAAUUGAUAUCAAACAUUUGGUAAAAGAGCUACGAGAUGUUGAAGGAGUGGAGGAAGUCCAUGAGUUACACGUCUGGCAGCUCGCCGGAAGCAGGAUCAUCGCCACUGCUCAUAUAAAAUGUGAAGACCCAGCUUCAUACAUGCAGGUGGCCAAAACCAUUAAAGAUGUUUUUCACAAUCAUGGAAUUCACGCCACCACCAUCCAGCCUGAAUUCGCUAGCGUAGGCUCUAAAUCAAGUGUCGUCCCGUGUGAGCUCGCCUGCAGAACUCAGUGUGCUUUGAAGCAGUGCUGUGGGACACGGCCACAGGUCCAUUCUGGAAAGGAGGCAGAGAAGGCUCCAACAGUUAGCAUUUCUUGUUUAGAACUCAGUGAAAACCUAGAGAAGAAGCCCAGGAGGACUAAAGCUGAAGGCAGUGUCCCCGCUGUGGUGAUAGAGAUUAAAAAUGUGCCAAACAAACAGCCCGAAUCAUCUUUGUGAGCCUUGAGAAAGAUGUGAUAUUUGACUUUGCUUUUAAACUGCAAGAGAAAAUAGACUCCAUUGAAAUGCUAAGUUUGCCACGUAGUGUAAUUGAAGUCCUCGUCUGGUCGCACAGUUUAAUUCUAUUUUUGUCAGAACGUAAUGGAACUGCAGAAUAGAGUGCGCUACAGCACAGCCUCGCGAUUACUAGUGCAUAGUGCAGCUGUGCUGGAGCACGCUUUGAAAGCCAGUUUAACACUAUGUUACAUUUUUGUUUAAAGUAAGUAUAGACCUUAUAUGACAUAAUGACAUUUGAUUCCUGGUUUUCCCAUGAUAAAAAUUAGGGGGAUAAAUAAAAUUGUUACUGGAAUUUCUCUGCUUUUCUUUCCCCCAUUGUUAUAUCUUAUCUGUUAGGAUUGUAAUUGCUAGGCCUUUAAAGUCAUCAAGCUUGUUUCCUCUGAUGUUGAGGGGUAGUUACGUGCCCUUUGAGAUCAUAAGCCUAGCAUAAUUGCAGCAUGUUUCCAGAGCAAGUCAUGACUAUUAGCAGGAAACGAGAUUAGUUACUACUCUGUUCUCCACUUCUGAGUAGUCGAGUAAACCGUGAGGUAAUUCACAAGAUGAGUUAGAGUUUACACAUUGUAGAGCAUAUAGGGGAGAAGAGCAAGGAAGAAGGCAAUAUGUCAGUUAUUACCUAUUAAUGUGGAGAUUAUAGCUCUAAAUUACCUUGAAAAUCUCAAAUGGCUUUAUUCUACCAAAGUCAGUCUAAACACUUCUGCCAGUGUUGCUUUCUUUCAAAGACUGGUAUUAGCAACAUUGAGCUAAAAGUUCUAAAUGCAUGAAUAGUUUUGAAAAUGCAGACUCCUUAACUGCAAACUAUUAAAUUGUGUCUUAAAAAAACUUCCAUAGUGACCUGUCAGAUGGAUUGAAUACCUUUC